CGCGAGCUCCGAUUCACUCAACUCAUUGACGUCGAGCAGGGAGGGAACGGAGGACAUGAUUCAGUCUGUAUACGUCUCGUUUAUUUGCGCACGAGCAACACAGAGCUUACUGAAAACCAGUUACCGACAGUGCGCUUAAUCGAUUAAUUUUUAUAUAUACCUUUUAAUUGACAGUCAAACGGGGUUUGUGUCAACCUGCAGGACAGGAGACUUCCUCCUGCCCAGUGUGUGUGUUUUAAAAAAAAAAAAAAAAAAAAAAAUCACGGAACUCAGCGGUUCACCUGAGGCGCACGGGGACAUCGUUUGCAUGAAACUGUGGGCAGAUAAAAGCAGUGGAUGCAACUGUGCUCCAUUUAUAGAAGAAAAGUGGAAGAGUGGGAGAGGCUCUGAAGAGGACCAGCUGACAACCGGCAGAUACGCCUCAGCUGAAAUUUCCUCCAAACCCAGCCUGAAACGUACCAUGUCUCUCAGCACAUUUCACCUCAUGCAGACUCUUAAGAACUCUCCGGCUGCGCUACGUCGCCGCUUUCGCCGCGACCGCACAGAAUCCUUAUCCCACGGCGACCCUCUUUUUAAGGUCCACUACCUGGGCACAGAGAAAAUCUUCUCCCUGGAUCGAGAGCAGGCCCACGACGCUAUUAGCCGCCUGCUGGAAGGUAUCGCAAAUGGGAAAAAGCUGAGCAAAGAUCACGCCCUCGUGGUGCGCCCAAGGUACGUCGAGGUCAAGGAACUGAGUACAGGUCGGCAGCUAACGAAGACGUACCUGCAGGACAUUGCGUACUGUGCCGCGGACGCCAACCGGCCCAAUGUGUUUUUAUACAUCUGCAAACAUCAGGGGCAGCAGCUGCAGUGUCGAGUGUUCUGGUGCAGCCGUGCAGAGCGGGCACUAGACAUGACUGCUUGUCUGGCACAUUCUUUCCAGCGGGCACUGAGCGACUUGCAGGACGGCUCGGCCACGCUGCAGCCAGGAGAGGUGAAGGGGAAACGCGGAGAGGAGUCGCCCAAAUCUGCCGCCAUCUCAAAGAGCUCUACGCUGCCAUCCAGUCUGGGAAAAGUUCGCUGGAAGAAGAGGGGCUCUGUGUCCCACAGCCCUCUCCGAGCCAUCACGAGACGAGGAUCGGCCUCUGACGGCUGGAACUGAACCCCCCGAUUUUACCCCUUUUUUUUUUUUUUUCCUUUCUUUUUUUUUAAACAUGGGACCACGUUAACCUGAUGACAACCUCAAGGAUGACAGCACUGAUCGGAGGGAGGGAGUGAUUACGAGACAGAAGGACAAAGGGGCUGAAAACGGGAAGUGGUGAAAGUACAUAUUUGGAUGUAUGAGGACUUGGGAGAUGAUGUUGCCAUAAUCGGUGAGCGUUUUGACUUGAAGGUUUUUGACGCAGCAAAGUUGUCUGACUUUUGCAAUUGUGGCGUCUAAUGUAGCACAAAAUGCUGUUGACGGCUGCCUUUGUUCACCUGCCAACAACUAUGGUAGGACUCGAGACUGGCUGCAAGCCAUUUGUGGACCAGACUGGAUAAUUUCCGUACCUUUUUUAUUUUUUAUUUUUGGUUGGCUUGUUUGUUUCUAAGUAGUCUACUUGAUACUUAAGCCACCAAAGAGUUUGGUCUGUUGGAAUAGGACAAUUAAACCAACAAUGAUAGCAGCUGUUGGCCAAAUGAUCAACAGAUGAAAGUGAAAAACUGGAAAAAGAUGACAAGCUGUUUCUUUUUUUUUGUUUUUUUUAAGGCAGACUUUUAUUUAACUGGCAUUUGUGACAGGUUGUGAUUUAUUAUUUGUUUUUAACCCUGUGGCACUACUAGGUUUCUCUUCUUUUUUUCUUUUUCUUUUUUUAAUUGAAUGGACAAAACCACCCUUUUAAUCUAUGUUGUGAGUUUUGGCAAAGAUUACACAGAUGCCAAGAUAGAGAGGGGGAAAAUGCAGGCGUGUCAUACAAAGUAAAAAUGAUUAGUCUGUAAUGAACAUAAAUGCAGUUAGUAAUUUCUGAGCACAUCUGAACACAUCAGUUUAAUUCCAAAUGUCUUACGUUUUUAAGGUAGCUGCAGCACCUGGAUUGUAGAUGGAAAAAAAAUCGACCCUAGCAAAACGUGCAGGGUCGACAAAAUCCUCCCCUCAUCCUGCAAAAACAAAAAAACAGAUCCUAUCUGUCCACUGCGACUAAUUAUUUGCAUUUAUGUGGGGUAAAGCACACUCUGCCAUGACUUGUGGGUUUGUUUGCGUCCGAACACUGGGAACGCUGUGUUCCCAUGUGAAGCCUCUGUGUGGAAUGCGCAGCCAUGCACCUGCAUUCCAAUAGGAGGGGGAGGGAGGAGGUUUGUGAAAUGUCCAACCAUGACUUUGCAUAUGGAGCAGCCUCGUCAGUAGAUGCUACAGUGUGCUUCUUAUGCUGAGCCCUCGACUUGUUCACAUUCCCAAAGCCAUAAAAGGUGCCUUAACUACGCAUUGAUACGUGCAGUAUUGCAUAACGUGCUCUCAUGAUGGUGAUUUCUGUCUUAUGGUUUACAAAUGAGAGACUUGAGAAUUAGUGGUACACCCUGAGACUACCAUUCAUUUUGUGUUUUCUGACCAAAACUAAGCUAGCAAUGUUGCGUUUUUUUUGUUUUUUUUUUAAACCGGAAAGACGUUUUUGACUGAUGUGCCACAAGGUUUUUAUCAGUUAAUUUUAACAUUUUGUACUCGUGAUGUAUUGUAAUUACAAACGGCGCAGCCCCAAUCUCAGAAAAGGGGUUAAAGUGCCUGCUUUAUUUUAUUGUACAUAUUUAUGUAUUUUAUGAAAUUAUUAAAACCUUUUAUACAACA